AUGGCUCUUACAACAGUCCCAACUCUCUCCGGUCUUUACGAACAGCGACAAUCGCCCACUGCUGGCAUUGGAGUCUUCGCCGUUGCCCACAUUCCAUCGGGAACUCGAAUCCUUUGCGAACCUCCGCUCUUUGCCCUUCCUGACGACGACGAUGUCAUUGAAUGUUACCUUACAAUCAAGGCUCUAUCUCUAGACCAGCAAUCGCUCUUCUGGACUCUUGCAGCAUCCACUCCUCCUCCUGGGGACACUGAUUGGGUUGCCGAACUACGAGACGUCUGUGAUGAAGACAUAGGUGAUGCUUUUGACGAUCUGGUCAAGAAGUACGAAGAGGCAUACUCGAGAUUUGAGACCAACCGCUUCACUUUGCGCUAUCCCGACGGCUCACCCAACAAACUCGGCGUCUUUCCGAACGCUGCGCGAUUUAAUCAUUCAUGCUUACCCAACGUCUAUCAUCGCUACAACCCCAACAUCGAUCGUCUUACUAUACACGCUCUUCGCGACAUUCCUCCUGGAGAGGAGAUUUGCACUGCAUACAUUGAUAUAUGUUAUGACACGGCCGAAAGACGUCGCGUGCUGCAACACUGGGGAUUCAAAUGCCGUUGCGAAGCAUGCGAAGCACAGGAUCCAGCUCGCGAGGCCCGCAGAAACAAGUUGGGAGAGCUUACGACUGUCAUGCAUAGGAGAGAGAACAAAAGAUCCUUCGAGAAUUGGGGAGUAUGGGACUACGCUGAGGCCCUCACGACCGUGGAGCAGGUCAUCUCUCUCAUGCUGGAGGACGGGCUAGAAGAAACAGAUACCCUGGGCGAAGCAUACGAGGUUGCUGCCGUGUACAAUAUUGCCAUGGACUGCAAGGAAAGCGCUAUCAAAUGGGCUGAGAAGGACCUCGACAUUGAAAACAAGUGUUGCGGCGCUGACAGCGCCGAAUAUACCAAAGCAUUGGCCUUACUGGAAUCUGCACGAGCAAUGUAG